AUGGCUGAAGAAUUUCAUGGCUAUGCUGCUUAUGACAAAGAAAGCAGUCUAAAGCCUUAUUCCUAUAUUCCUAAGCCAUUAGGCGAUGAGGAUAUCGAAGUGGAGAUCUCGCAUUGCGGUAUAUGCGGUAGUGAUUUGCAUACGAUGAGGUCUGGUUGGCGCCCUACUUUAUAUCCAGGUCAUGAAAUUGUUGGUAAUGUCUUGAAGAAAGGUUCUAAAGUUGUUAGCUUCAAUAUCGGAGAUCGCGUCGGUAUCAGUUGUCAAGUUCAUUCGUGCGGAGAAUGUGUCGAGUGUACUGCAGGUUACGAUCAAUUGUGCGCAAAGAAGGUUUUUACCUAUAACGAUAUGUGGAAAGAUGCUGAAGGUGUUCCUACUAAAUAUCAAGCUCAAGGUGGUUACGCUAAUAAAAUUCGUGCACAUUCAGGCUUCGUUUUUCAUAUUCCAGAAGAAAUUAGCUCCGCCGAAGCUUGUCCGUUGCUUUGUGCAGGCUUGUCUACCUUCGCUCCGUUAAAACGUCACAAGGUUGGUCCUGGAAAUAAAGUUGGUGUCGCCGGUGUUGGUGGUUUAGGUCAUUUGGCAAUUCAAUGGGCUGCCAAAAUGGGUGCUGAAGUUACCGCGAUCUCACAUAGUAGUGAAAAACGUGAUGAGGCGAUUAAACUUGGUGCUACACAUUUCUUGAAUAUUUUGGAUCCGAAUGAUGUUAAAAAAUUCACUCAUUCACAGGAUAUAAUCCUCUCAACUUCUUGCAACCCAAAUACAGAUUGGUCAAAAUAUAUGAACUUCAUCAAAAAUCAUGGAACCCUUAUUCUGAUCGGUCUUCCGGAAGCCCCUCUUCAGAUUCCUGUUUUCGCUUUCAUGAGGUUUGUAAAAGUCGAAGGUUCAUUGAUUGGCGGACGCCAAGAAAUUAAGGAUAUGCUUGCAUUUGCUGUAAAGCAUAAUGUUAGGCCCUGGAUUCAAAAAGUCCCUAUGAAAGACGUUAAUGAGGGAAUCAAGAUCGUGCUUAAUGGAAAGGCUAGGUAUAGGGUAGUGUUGGAAAAUUAA